AUGGAGAAGGAGACCUUGCAUCGGGAUUUGAGUAAAAUGGAAGAUGAAAGAAAUCUGACAAAAGUCCAGCUGAACAAGCAGGAGGAGGAGUUACAGAAACUCCGAGAAGAGAAUCGGAGGAAACAGAAGAACAUCGAGGUUCUUCAGAAGGAAAAUGAGCUGAGGAACCUGAAGAUUAACGGCUUAGAAGAUGAAAUAGAAGAAUGCAAGAUUGAGAAACAAAGGGCUGACGAAAAUCGGCAACAACUGCACCAAUGUCAAGCAGAAUUAGCCGAAAGAAAUGAGGAGAUAAAAGAAUUCAAAGAACAGAAUGUCCAGAAGGACAGAGAAAUCCUGAGACUGGGAGGUGAAUGCUCCCAGAUGCAAGAGGAGAUUAUCUUUCUCUUAAAAAUGGUUAAAAGUGUUGCCGCAGGAAAGGGAAAAGGAAAGGAGCUGAAUGAGAUGACGAGGAGGAAAGUCCAACUCGAAUUCGAAGUGGCUGAGAUGAAGGAGGAACAGGGAAAGAUUGAGUUUGAAAAGAUGGAGGCAAUCGUGGAAAUUGAAAGACUCCAAGAAGAGAACGUGGCAAAGGAUCACAAGAUCAGAUCCUUGGAAGAGGAAUUCAGAUUUCUUAAAAUGAUGCCGAACGAACAGCCUGCAUUAGAGAGGACAGACGAGAAGUUAAAGUCUCUCGAUAAACCUCGAUGUCUCAGGAGGCCUCAGGUCAAUUGUAAAGCUCUCUACCGACGGCUGGACAGCAUCGAGGAAGGAAUAAAUCAGGUCAGGGCAAUGGAACAGCCUUCAGCUGGCAACAAAAGAGAGACGAAAGCCCCCAUGAAGACUCCAUCUACAAGGAAUCAAAAGAAGCAGCCAACAAUGAGCAGGGAUGAAUUACAUCAAAAGAUGAGGCUGAAAUCUGCAGCAAACCUCCAAAGACUGGAGAUAGAUGCUGCAAUGGUCAAAAACCUCUAUAAGAUCAAUGCUGUCACUUAA